AUGGAACCCAAAAAUCACACAGGAGUUCCCGAUUUCCUUCUUCUGGGACUGACAGAGGAUCCAGAACUGCAGCCCUUCAUCUACAGCCUGUUCCUGUCCGUGUACCUGGUCAGCGUCCUGGGGAACCUGCUCAUCAUCCUGGCCAUCUGCUCUGACCCCCACCUCCACACCCCCAUGUACUUCCUCCUCUCCCACCUGUCCUUUAAUGACAUCUGUUUAAACACAACCACGAUCCCAAAGAUGCUGGUGAACAUCCAAGCGCAGAGUCAGCACAUCCCGUACACAGGCUGUCUCACCCAGGCUGGCUUUGUUGUAGUCUUUGUUAGUUUUGAAAAUUGUCUCCUUGCAGCAAUGGCCUAUGACCGCUAUGUGGCCAUCUGUCACCCCUUGAGGUACACGGUCAUCAUGACCCCCCGGCUCUGUGCCCUGCUGAUUCUGCUCUCCCUGCUCCUUAGCCUUGGGGAUGCCCUGCUCCACGGUCUGAUGGCGCUGCAUCUGUCCUUCUGCACAAACAGGGAAAUCCCCCACUUCCUCUGUGAACUUGCUCAGGUCAUCAACUUGGCCUGUUCUGAUACCUUCAUCAAUAAUAUCCUUUUAUAUUUUGUGGCUGGCCCCUUUGGGGGUGUUCCUGUCUCUGGGAUAAUUUUCUCUUAUAUUCAAAUUGUCUCCUCUGUUUUGAGAAUACCUUCAGUGGAGGGAAAGCGUAAAGCCUUUUCCACCUGUGGAUCCCACUUGUCAGUUGUCUCCUUGUUCUAUGGGACAGGUUUUGGGGUGUACAUUUUUUCUGCAGUUACUGACUCUUCCAGGAAGGCUGCAGUGGCUUCAGUGAUGUACACUGUGGUCCCACAAAUGGUGAACCCCUUCAUCUACAGCCUGAGGAACAGGGACAUGAAGGGGGCGCUGAGGAAACUCAUCAGUGAGGUACCUGCCCUGUGA